UACUUUGAGAGAGCUGGAGUACUAUUUCUUCUGAGAACCUGUGGGUUUUAAGGUCUGUAUAUAGGUUUUCACAGCUGAUACUUGAUCCAAUUCAUUCUGUUCUAAUAAUGGAUUGGAAAUCGCUGGGUUCGGUAUAUGCAUCAUUGAUGUUAAUAAGAGGUGCAGCUAGAGAAAUGAUGCCUCCUGAACUGUAUGAUGCAGCCAGAAAUACAUUCUUUCAUUUCUUUUCUAAUCUUCAGGCAGAAACUAUUACACUCCAAAUCCAAGAAUAUGAAAAAGAGUCGUAUAACCAUAUCUUUGAUUCAGUUCAGUGUUAUCUAAGUUCCAAAUGCUUUACUUCUUCGUCCAAGUGUUUAAACCUAUCGAAAAUCAGAAACUCGAAGCAUCACACUUAUACCAUGGUGCCCGAACAAACUAUCGAAGAUAUCUUUGAUGGUAUCAAAUUCACAUGGUCUUUUCAUAGUGGUCUAGCCGAAAUUGUGUCUAGUUCCAGUAGUAAAAAUGGCAAGAAUUCUUGUUUCAAGCUUAGUAUUGAAAACACAUGCAAGGAGUUUGUGAACUCAUCUUAUAUACCUCACACUAUAAAAGAAGCCGAGAUAUAUGAAUUCAAGAACAGGGGGAAGAAACUUUUUACGAACAGUCGUUCCGGAGACUACUGGUCACAAGUAUGUUUAUUCUCUCAUCCAUCAACAUUUGAUACGAUCGCCAUUGACCCAGUUCUGAAACAAGAGAUUCAAGAAGAUCUAAAGAAAUUUGUGAAUAGAAGCGACUUUUAUAACAGAGUUGGCAAGGCCUGGAAGAGAGGUUACCUUCUCUAUGGUCCACCAGGAACAGGCAAAACAAGUUUGAUUGCUGCCAUUGCUAACUAUUUGGAAUACGAUGUCUACGACAUGGAAUUAACAUCUGUGAAGAGCAAUGCACAACUAAAAAAGCUUUUAAUUUCAACUCCAAGCAAGUCAGUAAUAGUUAUCGAAGACGUUGACUGUUCCGUAGACCUUUCGAAUCGAGUAAAGAAGAACAACCAGGAAGCUAAUGAGGAUAGAGAUGAAAGUACUAACAAUGGAGGAAGUAGCGGUGUCAGUUUGUCAGGUGUUUUGAAUUUUGUUGAUGGACUCUGGUCACCUUGUGCUGGAGAGAGGCUGAUUAUAUUUACCACAAAUCACAAAGAGAAACUCGAUCCGGCUUUACUAAGAUCCGGCCGAAUGGAUAAACAUAUAUGUCUCUCUUACUGCAACAUGGAAUCGUUCAAGAUUUUGGCGAGAAGUUAUUUGAAGAUUGAAGAACAUGAGCUGAUGGAUGAAGUUAAGGAACUGUUAUGCUCCCUGGAAAUCACACCAGCUGAUGUUGCAGAGUGUUUCAUGAAAUAUGACGAAGAUCCAGACAUGGGUAUGAGAAUUGUGGUUGCAGAAAUGAAGAAGAGAUUAAAAAUGAACAACCAAGGAAAUAAGACAGAUCAAGCAAAGACAGAUAAGAGAUUCUCAUCCUGUAAUAAAUUUUUAUCAAAAAUGUAAAUUUUGCACAGGGCCCUUGUAGAUUCAGGAUCGGCUCUGCACUUUACUUAUGUGACUAAGCAGGCACUUACUCUCAAGCUUUUU